UUCAGAGCCAACAAGGGAGCGCUGGCUGCCACCACCUAGCCCAUCACUUUCCCGCGGCGUCACGCACAGAAGUUAUCCUUCCUCGCAUUCCCUCAAACAAUCCUGCAAAAUGGCUCCGAUAGUGAUUAAAAGCAUUUUAAUCAGCGAAAGCGUUGAUCCCUGCUGCAAAAAGGUUCUGGAAGAAAAUGGAAUCCAAGUUACGGAGAAACUGAAUUUGACCAAGGAGGACUUGAUCUCUGAGAUCAAGAACUACGAUGGACUUGUAGUUAGAUCUUCGACAAAGGUGACGGCCGACAUCAUCAAUGCUGCCAGUAAUCUGAAAAUUAUCGGCCGGGCUGGAACUGGAGUGGACAAUGUGGAUGUGGACGCUGCUACUAAACAUGGGGUUAUUGUCAUGAACACACCAAGUGGUAAUACAAUCAGUGCUGCAGAGCUGACCUGUAUCCUGAUUACCAGUCUCUCCAGACAUGUACCACAGGCUGCGAUGUCAAUGAAAGCUGGAAAAUGGGAUCGCAAAAAAUUCAUGGGCGCGGAGCUCUUUGGCAAAACCCUGGGAAUAGUUGGACUUGGGAGAAUUGGCAAAGAAGUCGCCAGUAGAAUGCAGUCCUUUGGCAUGAAGACCAUCGGCUACGACCCCAUCACCCCGCGGGAGGUGACUGCAGGCUGGGGGGUGGAGCAGAUGACCCUGGAGGAGCUGUGGCCGCAGUGCGACUUCAUCACCGUCCACACGCCCCUGAUGCCCUCCACCACGGGCCUCCUUAACGACGCCUCAUUCGCCAAGUGCAAGAAGGGCGUGCGAGUGGUGAACUGCGCGCGCGGCGGGAUCAUCGACGAGGACUCUCUGCUCAGAGCGCUGGAGUCCGGCCAGUGUGCUGGAGCCGGCCUGGACGUCUUCGUCGAGGAACCCCCUAAGAACCGGGCUCUGGUGGACCACCCCAACGUGAUCAGCUGCCCCCACCUGGGGGCCAGCACCAGCGAGGCGCAGGCCCGGUGCGGGCAGGACAUCGCCCUGCAGAUCGUGGACAUGGUGAAGGGCAAGGGCCUCGUCGGAGCGGUCAAUGCACAGGUUUUGGCCAGCACCUUUUGCCAGGAGUCUCAACAAUGGAUCACGCUUGGGGAAGCUAUGGGGGCCGUGCUGCAGUCCUGUGCCUCCUCUAAACCCUGCAGCCAGGUGCACAUCACAACUCAAGGUGACUGCUUGAAGAAGUCCACCGGUUACAUCACUUCAGCCGCAAUGGUGGGGCUUCUCAAGCCCACUACCGGCGGUUCGGCCAACCUGGUCAACGUGCUGACCCUGGCCAAGCAGUCUGGCGUCGCGGUGACCCAGACCCACAGCCAAUCAGAGGGGAGCUGCCACGGGGUGUGCGAGGUGGAGAUCCAGGCGGGCGGAGCCAGCCUCAAGGCCCGGGGCUCGGUGCUGGGAGGCGUGCCCGUGCUGCUGGAGCUGGGCGGCAGCGUGUUCCGACAGCCCGUCGCCCUCGCCGGACACCUGCUGUUCCUGCUGGUCUCCCCCGGGCCCCAGGUCCUGCCCUCCCUCGCUGGCUUGCUGGCUACCGCCGGGGUGGAGAUGGAGUCGUUCAGCGCACCGCCCGCCCGGGCCGGGGCGGUGUGGUGCUGCGCGGGGGUGUCCUCCUCCGUCCCGGACCUCGGGGCCUUGAAGCCCGUCGCCAAGCAGGCCGCCCAGAUCACCAUAUAGAUAGGUGGUGGUGCGGGGGCUGGCAACACAGUGCCUGAAGGUUAGCACAGUCGGUACGCGCUUAUCGUAGCAUAAUAAGUUUACAAUGUUUUUUUUUUUUUUUAGAUGCUUAAUACUUGUUUACAAAUUUACAUAUUGAUGUAUUAACGUUACAUGUUGUAUUAAUGUCUAUAGGGCUAACGUGUCUGUGCUACUAAACAUUGAUUAAAAAAAAUGUACUUGUCAAA